ACACAACUCGUAGCAACUCCACUCCCAUAACUAGCUCUUUCAUUCUACUCCAAGUCUCCUCUCUCUCUCUCUCUCUCUCUCUCUCUCUCUCUCUCUCUCUCUACCUCUUCAUGGAGUCAAAAAUCAUUAGGUCUGAGGGAAGCACUUCACAAUAGAGAAGAAGACAUUGAUGAUUGAUCUGACCACCUUCUCAUUUUGUUGCUGCCAAAUUGAUCAUCACUCAUCACUUAUGGGGCCAGAGAGUCAACCUUCUUUCCCAAUAAUACUACUCCACUGAGAAAAAGGAUACUGAAGAGGAGAAAUCAAUCCUUCAUAGGCCUUGCUCUAGGGCAAGAUGGACUCAUUCACCCAUCACCACCAAUCGGGUUUCUGCUACGACCCGAAACCCAGCUCCUCCCUUGGGGAUGAGACCGGAGAUUCCGAGUUCUCGGCGGUCCUUGAGAUCCACAUCCACCACGCCAGGAACAUCCACAACAUCUGCAUAUACGACAACCAGGACGUGUACGCCAAGUUCUCUCUCACUAACAACCCCGACGAGACUCUGUCCACCUCGAUCAUUGAGGGAGGCGGGAAGAACCCGGACUUCGAUCAGAGACUAUCGUUCAAGGUCAACCAACCUGACUCAGUCCUGAAGUGCGAGAUGUGGAUGCUCAGCAGGGCUAGGAAUUAUAUGGAAGAUCAGCUCCUUGGGUUUGCAUUAGUCCCCUUAUCGGAGAUUGCUGGAAAAGGGAAGGUUACAGCUGAUUACAGUCUCUCUUCGACCGAUUUGUUCCACUCUCCUGCAGGAACCGUCCGACUCGGCCUCUCGCUGGAUGCCACAUCCCUCCCGAUCGAUCCAUUGCCGGUGACUUCUUCCAUCACCUCAGAAGUUGUCCUGCUCGAUAGGAGGAUCUCAGAGGUUGAUUUGGACCCGGUCGAGUAUUCUAGGAUCGAGUUCCCUGACAUCAAUGUGGUGGCAGAAAACCAGCAGAUGGUUUCUGAAUACUUCACUUCGAAUUCCGGGAAUAAUCCUAAUGGAAUCGCCUCAUUUCUCCAUUUGGGCUCUUGUCCUAUCAACCAGCAUCCCCUGUUCGAGUAUGAGAUGACCGGAAAUUCUUCAGACAACAACUCCGUUUCCCCUGAAGGGAGUGUCCAGAACUCUGGGUUCCUGAGCUCCACCACCACAAGCCUAAGCGACGACAGAAACUCAUCCGAUUCGAUCAUGAAGAAGGGUAUUCUAGUAAGCCAGGAACCUUCAACUUCGCCAAACCCGGAACCAAGUCAGAGCUCUAUGCCCUGCUGCCCCGACACCCCGACCUCGAAGAAGGUGAAUGAAGGGGGAAAAGAGAAAGGGCCCAAUAAUCCCAACGAAGGAGAGGGAAGCAAUUCCAAAGAAGGGAAGAGUGGUCCUGUUAAUAACAACAGCUUCGGGCAGGUGUUUUCGGCAAAUCUCGAAGCAGAGCAGUCUGCGAUGCAGCAACAGAUUGUGGGAAUGUACAUGACAAGCAUGCAGCAGUUCACUGAGUCUCUUGCCAAGAUGAAGCUCCCUAUGGAUCUGGAUAAGCUCGAACGCGAAGAGAAAUUGGAGCUCGGGCAGACGAAGAAGGACGGAUCGAGAGUCUUCUAUGGUAGCAGAGCAUUCUUCUAACUAAAUAUUUAGUAUUCACGGAUUACUCGGAUUUUUAAUUUACUAGGCCUUAAUUGCCUCGUCUCUUCCCCUAUGAUCCUCGUUGUUGUUAUUCACACGACGAAAUCUGAUUCCAGAGAGUCAUUUUGAUUUUUUUUACCUUUAUCAUUGUUAAUUUACGAGAUUAUUUGCUUGUAGUAUUAGUGUAAACUAUUAAACUUCUCAUACUUUAAUUAAUAUCAUGCUUGAAUAGAAUUAACUACCAA